GAGGAGUGGUGAGAGUAGGCUCUUCAUCUUGUUCCAGUUCUCAAAGGGAAUGCUUUCACCUUUUCCCCAUUCAGUAUUAUGUUGGCUGUGGGUCUGUCAUAGAUGGCUUUUAUUACAUUAAGACUCAGCUUCGCACUCCAGGGCUGCGUACCACCAGCCACUGUCAUGUUAACCCCUUCCCAGGCCAAUGUGUCCUUGGCCUGGAGCCCGAUCUGCUGGACAGCCUGGGACCGUCCAUUUUCAGGGUGGUGGGCAACCUGGUGGCCAUCGUGGUGCUGUGCAAGUCGCGCAAGGAGCAGAAGGAGACCACCUUCUACACAGUUAUGUGGCUGGCUGCCACCGACCUGUUGUUCACUUUGCUGGUGAGCCAGGUGACCAUCGCCAUGUACAUGAAGGGUGGGUAACCUGGGGGCCAGCUGCUGUGCGAGUACAGCAUCUUCAGCCUGUUCUUCUUCAGUCAGUCCAGCCUCAGCAUCGUCUGUGCCGUGAUAUCUAUACAGGAUGUCUCAACUCAAAUGUGAAAUUUUCAUGGAGAAUAUUUGAACUGUAUUUAGAGUAAUGCAAAUUGCAGUUAAAAAGUUUAAUAUAGAUUUACCAGGGGGCGUGCAGCCUGCUUGCCAAUCAGAUCGCUGCUGAGCGGUCCCACAGCCAACCCCUGAAGAGCAGCCUGCUGGCUUCCCCAGCGCCCAGGAGUUGGGGAUGUCCUACAAACCUACCACCCCUGCCCCCAGCAGCACCCCCGGCUCCAGCACCCCUGGGCCAGGCACUCCGGUCCCUACAGGAAGCGUCCUGUCGCCGUCGGGCUCAGGGCCGGGAGCCACUGCCCCUUUCAGACUGCUGUUUAAAGACUUUGGACCGCCUACCAUCGGUUGUGUGCAGGCCAUGAAACCACCUGGUGCCCAGGGCUCCCAGAGCACCUACACGGAACUGCUGUUGGUCACAGGGGAGAUGGGCAAAGGGAUCUGGCCCACCUAUGCUGGCAGCAAGAGCGCCGUGAAGCGCCUGAAGAGAGGUAUCAUCCAUCCCUAGUCAGAGUGCCUGGUAGAGACAGAGUGGAACGCCCACACUUAACAGGAAGCUCCUAGGCCUCUGUGUCUGGACUCCAGAGCACCUGCUUCUCCCUGGCCUUCAUCCCUAGUUGCACUAACCAUCCUGGGCUUCCUGUCCUGUGUCCCUUGAUGGGUGCCCUCCAGGAACCAAGGGGCGGUUCUCACUCCAGGUGGCAGCACUAAGGACCCCCCUCCCCACCCCACCCCACCAACGCAACAAGAGUUAGCAGCGAGGUCCCCGUGAGUCCCACCCAUGACCUGCCGACAGUGUUGCCCACUGGAACUUUCUGUGGCCCCCACCACUCAGCCCUUCCCAGCACUUGUCCGGAUCCUCCUUGUCCCUCAGCACAGCUCAGGCCUCAGGCCUGACACUUCCCUGCCUUGUGUCUUUUGCUAAAUAUGACCUUUCUAUAUUAAUAAAAGAUGCUUUGGAGUUGUGCUCUCUAAAAAAAAGUUUAAUAUAAAGGAGAAAUAAAAGGAAAUUUAGCAAAGAAAUAUGUAGAUGAAUAUUUAAAUACUCAGAGGUGACAUUACUACCAGACAUAAUGAGAUUAUCAGAUGUUUCAUUUACUUAUGAUUAAUAUGUUUGUAUUUCUUUUUUAUUCAUUUUAUUUUAUUUAUGUAUUUAUUUAUUUUUAUUAUACUUUAAGUUCUAGGGUACAUGUGCACAACGUGCAGGUUUGUUACAUAUGUAUACAUGUGCUGUGUUGGUUUGCUUCACCCAUUAACCUGUCAUUUAUAUUAGGUAUUUCUCCUAAUGCUCUCCCUCCCCCAGCCCCCCACCCCAUGACAGGCCCCAGUGUGUGAUGUUCCCUUGCCUGUGUCCAAGUAUUCUCAUUGUUUAAUUCCCACCUAUGAGUGAGAAUAUGCAGUGUUUGGUUUUCUGACCUUGCAAUAGUUUAAACAAACUAGGAAGUUCAGAAGUCACUUUACAAGAGAAAUAAAGAAAAAUAAAGUAUUAAUGACAUUGGUAACAGAAUAAAAAUUAGAGUUAGACAAAGUAUUAACAAGCAAGCUUAUAUAUUUAUAAGAGAUGGGAAAAUAUUAGAAAGGAAUAAAUCAUGUCUUGUCAACAUGAAGAAAAAGUGUAUUUUUUUUGUUAACUUAUUAUUGUGUUUCCUUGUAUAAUUUUCACUUGGUUUUGUUGGUUUUACUACUUGCUUCAUUCUUUCAAAAACUACAUCUUCAUAGACCAUUUCAGCUUUUGCUAUGUGGGCAGAAUUAUAAAACCCAAUUUCAAAAUUUCAACUGAACGUUGUCAGCAUUUUUCUUUGGGCUUUUUAUUGGAAAAAAAAGCCUAAGUAAUUGUGUGUGUGUGUAUUUUAGUAUUACCAUGAAUGUAAUAACAAUAAAAUCAAACAAAAACAAAUGGAUAUGCAAUAUGUUGGACUAGCAUCUCAAAUAUGAAAAAGGCAUUGCCAACAGUGAUAUGAUUUUUUUCAAAAUGGUAAGCUUUUUAAAGUAUAAUCUUAUUUUAACCUAAAAUCUUACUAUCAGAAAAUGCAGUGUACAUUAAAAUGUUCUGAAAUGCUUUAUUCACAUUUAUUAAAUGGUUGUACUCACUCAGAUAUCUACAAAUUGGUUUUUCACUUAUGUAAUUAUCUUAUAGAAUGUUCAAAAGUCAUGCAGAAUGUGAGAUAAUUUUCUAUUGAAUAUGAUUGUUUUAUCAUUGCAAGACAUCAAACAUCCCUGUUUCCUGCCAAAUGAAUGUACAAUAGCAAUAAAUGUAAAGAUGUGUUUUUUGGAAAAGACACAUUUUUGAGUUAUAAAACAAGGAUUUUAAAACUUGAAUUGUUACAGUGAGUAUGUCUUAAUAUAGACUACAGUCACUUUAGAUAAAAAAUUACCUCACAUCUAUUUUCAAUAUUACUUAAAGAUGUUCAUUUAGUGGCCAAUAUUUUGUUUUGCCUAGUGGCAGAUAUUUUGCCACAUGGCUAUUUAUGAAACUGUAUUUAAAUGCAUGUACACAUAUAAAAGCUGCCACUGUGGCUGUAAACUAUUACAAGUUAUCAAGAUUAAAAAAUAAACAAAAAAAAUUUCAGUU